AUGUCGUGGACAGGCUUCAAGAAAGCCGUUAAUCGCGCUGGCGUCCAGGUCAUGCUCAAAGCAGGCCAAAUGGAUGAGUCUACAGACCCGGAAUUCGACUAUCUAGAAAAAAGAUACAGAACCAUGGAGUCCUCGAUGUUGCGGCUUCACAAGGAUCUCCGGUUGUAUAAGGAGUCGCUCCGAGCAUUGACCACAGCUCAGGCUGGGGUCACGGAAGUGCUUUCGGACUUCUACGGAACUGAGGAGAACAACAUUGCCCAUGUCUACCACAAUGCCAUGAAAGGAAUCAUCACAUCUGGGGUAGAUGAGCUUGAGAAACCAUUCAGCCAGACAGUGUUGAAUCCCAUUGAACGAUUCAACUCAUACUACGUGGAUGUGAAUGAAGCUAUCAAGAAAAGAGCACAUAAGAAGCUUGAUUACGAUUCGUUGCAAAACAAGGUCCGGCGUCUCAGUGACGUAGCCAAUUUGGAUAAAGCCAGUGUUGAGGCACUAGACGACACAAAGUUCAGAGAGGCGGAGCAGCAGUUCCACGAAGCCGAAGAAAAGUACACGAAGCUAAAUUCGCAACUCAAGGAGGAGCUUCCUGAAUUGAUCGCUAUGCGGAUUCCAUACUUAAACCCGUCCUUUGAGGCAUUCGUAAAGAUCCAAUUGCGAUUUUUCAGCGAGAACUAUGCUCGAAUGGAGGAGGUGCAAAAGAAAUUGGAUGCGCAAACACGCGAAGAUUUUGCUUCGGGUAAGUUGGAAGAGCGCAUGGAUGAGGUGUUAGGCCAAAUCAAAAAGCUCAGCACCGCCGUUUAA